AGAGGAGACAGCGUCGGCGGCGGCAGCUCUGCAGUGGAAUACGCUGAAAUGCGCGGAGAGGUGGGAACUCCGUGCUGAGCAGGACGCGCUCCGGGACUUUGACCGACGACCGCAGCAUCAUGAGAUGAGAGCCACUCCUGGGUUCUUCUCACUUCACAAAGAGCAUCACUCAAACCCCCCGACAACGCAAGGAAAAAGAAAAGGGAAUAACAUCUAUUUAUCUGUGUUCAAAAAACAAGAGAAGAAAGGAAGAGAUCGGCAGAGGACAAAAACAUCUCCGAGGAUGUGGAAUUAGAAAGAACAAACUUCCACUGGGCGACCGAAAGGGAACGUAAAGCAGAAAUCCACCAGUGUGGAGAAGCGUCACUUGUACCUCCGGAUUAAAGAGCAGGGUCAUGUCCCAGUUGCCAUGCGCAUCGCCACGCUGACCUGCUGUCCCGGCCCUUCCCCCCUCCUCUUUCUAUUGGCCCAGCUGCUACUGCGGCUCCUCCUCCCGGGGCAGGAGUUAGUGGGAGCCGCCUCUUCUUGCCCGACGCUCUGCACGUGCUCCAACCAGGCCAGCCGAGUCAUCUGCACCAGGCAGAACCUGGAGGACGUCCCCGAGAGCAUAUCGGUCAACACGCGAUACCUCAACCUGCAGGAGAACUCGAUACAGGUCAUCAAGUCAGAUACGUUCAAGCACCUGAGGCACCUUGAAAUCCUUCAGCUAUCCAAGAAUCAGAUACGUCAGAUCGAAGUCGGAGCAUUCAAUGGCCUCCCAAACCUCAACACACUGGAACUCUUUGACAACCGCCUCACACUGGUGCCAUCACAUGCCUUUGAGUACCUCAGCAAACUGCGAGAGCUGUGGCUGCGCAACAACCCCAUUGAGACCCUACCAGGCUAUGCCUUCCACCGUGUGCCCUCGCUACGUCGUCUGGACUUGGGUGAACUCAAGAAGUUGGAUUUCAUCUCUGAUGCAGCCUUUGUGGGCCUCGUCAAUCUACGGUACUUGAACUUGGGCAUGUGUGGACUGAAGGACAUUCCCAAACUUACAGCCCUUGUACGUUUGGAAGAGCUGGAACUAUCAGGAAAUCGAUUGGAGAUCAUCCGUCCUGGUUCUUUCCAGGGCCUGGAGUAUCUUCGCAAGUUGUGGUUAAUGCACUCGCAGGUGUCUGUCAUUGAACGCAAUGCAUUUGAUGACCUGAAAAACCUGGAGGAGCUCAACCUGUCCCAUAAUUCCCUUCACUCUCUGCCCCAUGAUCUCUUCACACCCCUUCACAAGUUGGAGAGGGUACAUCUCAACCACAACCCCUGGGUCUGCAACUGUGAUGUGCUUUGGCUUAGCUGGUGGUUGAAGGAGACAGUACCCAGCAACACCACCUGCUGUGCCCGCUGCCACGCUCCCCCAUUCUUGAAAGGCAAGUACAUUGGAGAGCUUGACCAGAGCCACUUUACUUGCUUCGCGCCUGUCAUCGUGGAACCCCCUACUGACCUCAACGUCACUGAGGGUAUGGCUGCGGAGCUCAAGUGUCGCACAAGCACAUCUACAACGUCUGUCAACUGGAUUACCCCCAAUGGCACGCUAAUGACCCAUGGUUCCUACCGGGUCCGGAUAUCCGUUUUGCAUGACGGCACACUCAACUUCACAAAUGUCACCCUACGAGACACCGGCCAGUACACCUGCAUGGUAACCAACGCUGCUGGUAACACCACGGCUACCGCUGUCCUCAAUGUUACCGCUGCUGAUGUAAGCGUCAAUUACACCUACUUUACAACAGUAACCGUGGAAACAGUCGAGGCUGGAAGAGGGAAUGAGUACGCUUUGGUUGCCUUCAAUGAGACUUUUAUCCGGGUUCACCCUGGUCCCACUCCUUCGGACCUUUGGCCUGAUGGAAUUUCAACCACAGAUCCCUCCCUGCCUCCUGGCUGGCCCUCGUCCUCGCCUCAUGCAACUCGACCCACCUUUACUGUGCCGAUCACUGAACCGGGCUUCUCGGGCCUGGACGAUGUGAUGAAGACCACCAAGAUCAUCAUCGGCUGCUUCGUAGCCAUUACCUUCAUGGCAGCGGUGAUGCUUGUGGUGUUCUACAAGCUGAGGAAGCAGCACCAGCUGCAUAAACAUCACGGCCCUGCUCGCGCCAUCGAAAUCAUUAAUGUGGAGGAUGAGCUGGGCCCCGGGGCCAGUAGCCGAGGCAGUGGCAUCUCUGGCGGCUCUACCAUGUCGCAGAGUGGAAGCAGUGGACUUGGAGGGGGCCAGAGCCUGAGGCUGCACCACCCCGAAAUAGUCAACUUACCUAACCUGGCUCGAUCGGACCACCUCAACCACUACUACAAAACCCAUCACUUUAACAACAACAUGAUGGGCCUGGGCCUGGGCACGGGCACAUGUAUGGGCCUUAAUAACAACAACAACCCCUCAUUGUGCUCUCAAUCACAGACCAUAUCCUGCUCCCAGAUUCCAACCACCACGAGUGGGGGGUUACCCACAGGGUGCACCCUGCCUUCACCCGUACCCCUUCCCCAGUUGGGCCUACACAGUUCUCUGAAAGGCCUAAAGGGAAAGGGCCAGAAUGAGCCUUUACUUUUUAAGGGUGGCUCAAAGGAAAAUGUGCAAGAGACUCAAAUCUGAGUAGUGAAGUGAAGGUAUGAGAAAGUAUAAGGUAAGAAGAAGGGGGAUUCUGGAUAGAGACACUGAUAUUAAAAGCACCUGUGAAGAGACUGAAUGUAGCCACCAUGUCGUGGCGUGAAUCUGUUGACAUGGAGAAGCAGACAGGAAGACAGUACACUAGUCCCACCAAUAGCAUUUGCACAUGGUCUAAACCACAAACAUCAGAAUCACCCAUUAUGUGCAAAAGGCUAUGGAUUUUACCGAAGCCUAAGAUCAAGCCAAUCUUUUUCACGUAGUGGACAGUUGUGAACAAUACAUAUGUGCAAUGAGCCCCCCUCUAGGUUGUAUACAGAUUGCUUCUUAUAUUUCUUGAUGCAUUCAGUAUAUAUACAGUAUUUGGAGGGACACACAAUAUCCGCCACUGAACAUCAUGUUAGAUUAGCGUUUGGCAGGGACAGUGAAUAACAAACAAUGAUCAUUUGUUAGCAGUGGGGGUCCAGGUUUCCAGGAAGCACUGAAACACACAGGUGGUAACAUUAGAACAGAGUGGUGAUGCUGUCCAGAACAUCAUAGCAAGAAAAGUGUUUCUUUGGGAGUGGUUUUCCCCUCACUUUUCCUCUCGUUCACCCUUUACUGGCUACUGUCUUCUUCGAAGGAGAAAAGCAGCAGAGUGAGCCGUCAUGGGUGAAGAAAAUCCUGAGGGAUUUAAGACAAGGAGAGAUAUAAAGAGGACUGGACAUACAUAUUAUAUAUACCGUAAAUAUAUUUUCAUUCAAAGAAAUAAAUUAUAAAGAAUCUUUAUUGAGCUUCUGACUGAAAAACUACAAUGUCUGAAAAAUAUAUACAUAUUAAAAAAAAAAAAAAAAAAAAAAAAAAAAAAAAUCCUGCGCAGCUGUUUCGGUGGCCCCUUCUUGUUGAGUUUUCUCAAUUUGGAGCGAAACAGCCCCCCUGACUGCUCUUCAUGAGGACACAUGACGGAGAGUUGGCAUCCGUGGAGCCAAAACACGAGCCUGGUGAAGUGUUUGAGUACAUUUAUUUUGGUCUUGACAUUUUUGCAGCAACAAAAGUUGUUUUCCCUCUCAGUCACACAAACAGGGUCAUUUGAGGGAGAAGCUCUUUAAACUCUGCUGCAAAAAUACAAAAAACAUGACUAUUGCUUUUUGUCUAAUGGUAUGCAGUGGCACUGUAGUAUUAAUAAUAAAGAUCAUAAUGUGAUUAAUGAAAAUAAACUUGACUUUAUUUGUCAUGAUUGUCAUUUAAUGAUUGAAUGAUUGACAAUAUGUCGUAAUGAUUUACUGUACAUUCACUAAACCGCUGCACAUGCCAAUUCAAGCAUGUACAUCCAAAUUUCCUGAAAAAAUUAAUCUCCAACAUAUGAUUUAAGAUCUUGAUUAUGAUAUAAUACAUUAUUUUUACUCAUGUGACUAUUAUUGCUACUACUAGUGCCUACAGGUACCAGACAAGUUACUGUUUUAAUUUGUUUAUGACGAUGAAGUUAUGACUGAACCUGUUGUAGGAAUGAACUGCAGUAGGAUGGACGCGAAGAGCCACAAAGCAACCUCUACGUGCAUCGGGGGGGGGGGACACGGACGACACAUGACCCUCAAAAUGGCUUUGUCAAGUCCAUUUCUCACUGACUCCUCUGAGGUCUCGAGCAGUCAGGGACCCUCGUGUUAUCAGGCAUUAAUUACAGGACAUGAACUUCUGUGGAAGACUGCACCUUUGCAGAGGAUUAUUUCACAGCCGUGUGUCGGUGUUAUCAUGUGUGAGUGGAUUUGAUGGCGGCAUUGAGCUAAGUGGACAACCGGCAUUGCAGAACGUUUUUAAAGCUAUGCAGUGCUCGUCCCCGGAAGAAGAUGGUGACACAAUAGAGUAAACGGAGGUGGGUGAGUUUUUUUCUAAAGAAAAAGGACAUUUAAAUGAAAAAAUAUAGAACCUUAUAGAUCUCUUUUAAAAAAAGACAAACUAUUAUGAUGAGUGUUUUUCAUUUUUGGUUUUUAUCUAGUUUGAUUAUUUUUUUUGUUUUUUUAAAUCACGUGUUAUCUUUAUUGUAAUAUUGUUAUUGUUAUUAUAAUUAGCUAAAGACACUGGUUAUAAUUAUGAGAGCUGUUCUGUUAGCAAAGGUCACUUUGAAAAUUAAAAAAAC